AUGGGUAGUCGAGUGGGGGGGUUAUUUUUUAAAUAUACACGAUUGAAACUGGUAAUCAUAUAUGUAAUAAAUGAAUAAACAACAUUUUACAAAUAAUGAAUAAAUAAUAAACGUUUUCGGCGUAACAUAUAAUUUGUACAUAGUUUUAGAUAGAUUCUCUUUAUACUUCUUUUGUCCCGUGAACCUAUUGUGACGUCAUGACUAAGAAAAUGACAUCAUUGAAAUUCUGACAAAUUAACGCUGAAAUUAUGGAAGAUAGAAAAAAGAAACCGCGCUUUAGUGAAAAAGAACUUGAAAUAUUAGUUCAAGGAGUUAAAGAACGCUCAGAUGUUAUCAACUCAAAAUUCAGUGACAUGAUCAACAAUGCAAAGAAAAAGCAAGCGUGGGUGGAAAUUUUGGAAUCUGUAAAUGCUGUCUCAUUCUCAAAAAGAACUGUCGAAGAAAUUAAAAAGAAGUGGGAUGAUGUGAAGAGGGGCACAAAGAAGAGAGCUUCUGCUGUCCAGAAAGAACGGUGUAAGACGGGGAGUGGAAAAUUGGAGAUUAUACCAUUAAGCCCAAUGGAAGAAGAUAUUGUGUCUGUAAUGGGAGAGGAGAGAAUUUUUGGAUUCAGCUCGUAUGUAGACACCAUGAUUCCACCUGUAAGUGAGCCUAAUUUCAUCCGUCAUUUAUUUGCUUUAAUUUUCAACAAUAUGUUUCAAGACUUUCAACAAUUUUAUUAACAUGUAUAUAGCCUUAAAU